GAGGAUGAAGUGGUGAAAGAUCAGGGUCUGAGAAGAAAGCAUGGCGGACAACGUCGGGAAAGCGAGACGGAGCGAGGAAGGCCAGUGCGAUGCAGAAAAGGGGGGCGCUGGUUCCGGUGCGUCCGUCGAACAGGGCCAGGUCCUGUUCCCGCCGUCCUUCAGCGUCUCUGAAAUCAAGAACAAGCAGCGGCGCCAUUUCAUGUUCCUGCGCUGGAAGCAGCAACAGAGGAAGGAGAAAUUAGCCAUUAAGAAAAAGCGAAAAAAGGAGCGAGAAGCCCUUGGAGACCAGGCACCACCAAAGCCGGUACCAAAGACAAUUGAAAACCAGCGUGUAUAUGAUGAAACUGCAGUAGAUCCCAAUGAUGAAGAGGUUGCUUUGGAUGAAGCCACAGAUGAAUUUGCACCCUACUUCAACAGACAGACAGUUCCAAAGAUUCUUAUUACAACAUCUGACAGGCCCCGAGGGAGAACUGUGAGAUUCUGUGAACAGUUAUCAAAGUGCAUUCCAAAUUCACAUGUUUACUAUCGAAGAGGACUGGCUCUUAAAAGAAUUAUUCCACAAUGUAUUUCAAGGGACUUCACAGACCUGAUUGUUGUCAAUGAAGAUCGAAAAAUACCAAAUGGGCUUGUGUUAAGUCAUUUGCCUGAUGGUCCAACUGCUCAUUUUAGGAUGAGUAGUGUUCGUCUGCGUAAAGAAAUAAAGCGAAAAGGUAAAACUCCCACAGAGCACCAGCCUGAAGUAAUUCUGAACAACUUUACAACACGAUUAGGACAUUCGAUUGGUCGUAUGUUUGCUUCUCUCUUCCCUCAUGAUCCUCAGUUUGUUGGUAGACAGGUGGCAACAUUUCACAAUCAGAGGGACUAUAUCUUUUUUAGAUUUCAUAGAUACAUAUUUAAAAAUGAAAGGAAAGUGGCAAUUCAAGAACUUGGCCCACGUUUUACCUUGAAAUUGAGGUCUCUUCAAAAAGGAACAUUUGAUUCCAAGUUUGGAGAAUAUGAAUGGAUUCACAAGCGCCAUGAAAUGGACACAAGUCGAAGAAAAUUCCACCUAUAAAACUUUCUACAGCAGCAGAUUAGAAACGUGGAGCGAUUGUUCAAUUUCUGCUGAAUUGGCAAGAACAUAAAAGUCUGAGAUGGUGUUGACAGACUAUUCUUACAAAGCAGGAAAACUUCAGCAGAUGAGUUCUCUGUAUGGAUGAACAGUUAAACUUAUCUGCAGAUCUACAUGUGCUAUUUAUUUACAGAUCGCAGAAGGUCUUACUGUAUGCUUCAGUGGUAACCAACUCCAUUAUUUGCUAGGAAUAUUUGCUGCACCUUUGGCUUAUGCAUUCUUUCCAGAGAUGACGCCUAUAAUUUGUAAUUAUUUACCACAAUUCUGUACUGUGAAUUCUUUCCCACUUAAGUGGAUUGUCCUCACAACUAGAAUUGUGUUUCUGGUCCACAUUUUAAAUACCACAUUGUAAUUGAGUUGCAUAUCAAUUUAAGAAAUAAAUGUUUUGCCUCUAGUA